AUGGCGACACUACGCGGUAAUCAGCAACCCGAACUGUGUCGAAAGCUCUACAAGCUAAUCAAGGCGGAGAAUCACGCCAUUGGCUCAUACGAGAACGCAGGUCGGGACCGCGUCUCCAUUGCCUCGCAGCUGUCCGACUGGGGUGAAUCCACAGGCGAUGUUGCUGUUUCCGACCUCUCUGAUAAGAUGGGUGUGCUGCUCGCCGAGAUGGGAGAGCAGGAAGACCUCUACGCUCAGAAUCUGGAGGAUUAUCGUAAUGUUCUCAAGCAUAUUCGUAACACGGAGAGCUCCGUGCAGCCAGCCAGAGACUACAAGGUGCGAGUCGUUGAUGAAAUCCAGAAGCUGAAGCUUAAGGACCCGAAUAGCAAUAAGCUGGUGAGCUUGGAGCAGGAGUUGGUGCGGGCAGAGGCACAGAUGUUGGUGGCCGAAGCGCAGUUGACGAAUAUUACGCGUCAAAAGCUAAAGGAGGCGUUCGACAUCCACCUAGCAGCCACCAUAGAAAGGGCAGAGAAACAAAUUAUCCUUGCCCGUCACGGCCGUCGUCUCCUUAAUUUGCUGGAUGACACCCCCCUUGUCCCCGGUGACACCCGGGGUCCUUACGAACACGCUGAACAUGCCCGUCAAGUCCUCAAUGACGCUGAGCAGGAUCUUCGAAGAUGGGAGCCCAGCCUCGAACCCAUCCAUUUUGCAACUGCUGGAAUGGGAGCGAACUUGAUGCCUUCUGGCCAAAUCAAUGAUGAUCGGGGUGAAGUUUCCUAUGACAAAGAGGAGAUGAGUCCUGGAUCUUCGGUGCCGCAGCCUUUUGCUGCGUAG